AUGAACUGCUACUCACCAACAUCAGCAGGUGAUGAUUCCGAAUUGGACGCGUUUUACGAGGAGCUGGAGGAAGUAAUCCGCAACGAGAAGUCCUUCUACAAAUUCGUUGUCGGAGACUUCAACGCUAAACUAGGAAAGGCCACAGAAGAGGAAUACUGGAUUGGAAGAUUUGGACUAGAGGAAAAAGAUCAUCUUCGGUGGACAUGGGAAUCGCCCAAUGGCGCGACUCGUGCGGAGAUCGACCACAUACUCACCAACCGGAGGUGGUGUCUACUUGUCGUCUCAGUAGUACCAUUCUUUUGUGGUGGUUCUGAUCACCGUCUCCUUCGUCUAAAAAUAAGGCUUAACCACACGAUGGAAAAGAACAUCUGCUAUAGGCAACGAAGGAGAAAAGAAGUCGUCUACGACGAUUGCCUACUCGAGGACUCCUUGUCCCAAGGUAAGACCACCGAGGAAUUGUUGGGAAGAAGAAGUGCUUUGAGGCUUGAUCCGAAUGCAUUGCACAUUGAGCGAGACGAGACCAUAGCCGCGUCAAAGCUUUUCUUCAGUAUACAUGCAGAGCUGCCCAGAUGA